AUGAGCAGAAGAUGUAUUGGAGAAGCACUACAAUUACAGGCAUCUUUUCUUCCUAUGUACUACCGCAGACUGUCUUUAUCUACGUAUGCGACUGUUGUGUUGCUCGUCAGCCUCAUUUUGGCAGCGUUUGAUUCUUUCGUUGAAUUCACUCUCCUAACGUUUGAACGGAAGCCAGGCUGUGCUGCACUUGGCUGCUUUAUCGAAAGCAGCAGCUCAUUAGUAGCAUAUUACUGGGAAUCAAACCCAUUGGUUAGCGGAACUCGGUCUUUAGCCCUAUUCAAAAUAUUUAAUCUUAUAGCAGGAUUUCUGACAGUUUUGUUCAUUGUCAAGCUAAAAUACCCUCAGCGACGAAUAUCUCGAACUCUUGGAGCACAUCCAGGAGGACAGCUGAACAGUUCCGUGCAGGCUAAUCGCAUAUGUGCUGGGAUUUUACUAACGUCACUUGCCUUCGUUACAGCUCCAUGUGUUAUAGUGAACGUUGGUAACAUCUGCGGCGGUUCAAUCUACAAGGAUGUCGGUCCUUUCUUCUUUGCUUUCCUACUCUGUAAUGGGACUUUCACUAACGUUGUGCAUCUCAUGUUGAAUCGAAGCAUGCGAAAACAGGCGAAGACGUUCUUCACGUUUGGCUUUUCUGCGAUGGAGUCAGUAGCUCCUAGAGAACGAUUCACUAAAGCGGGGUCGAGGGCUGCAAUGCCUCAUAUUUCUUAG